AUCAAAAACCUCACUUAACUUAAACCUAGAUUAAGACUAAUCUCGGAUUAGUUAAACUCGGUUUAACUUCGAAAGUUAACCGGAGAUCAAAAACCUAGUUUAGCGGUUACUUAACUAAUCCUAGUUUAAGUCGGACGCCACGAGGCAUUUCACCGAAACGUCGUGGCAUGUUGCUCUUUGACCCUGUAUUUCCAUGGUGAUGGCUUCGUGAACUGUCGUCUGCGACCCAAAGAGGUUAUAUAGUCGCUUUGCUACAGCUGAAGAGAGCCGAUUAAGGAGUGUUUUUUUCAGCUACAGAACAGAUCGCGCUAAAAUAGGUAUAAAGAAGGUCUGUACUUCAGGCAGGCGCGAUCCUAAAACCUGUAAGACAUGCAAACCUGCGUUUAAAUAUAAACGAUAUAAAAUCGCCCAUGAAUGUUACUUUCUCUAUUGCAUUAUUUUUACUAAUUCAGUUUAGUAAUGUUUUUUCACUUGUGUGAGUGAACAGGCACAAGCCUUUUUCUCGUGGUCCAUGUCGGUGUUUCUUUUAUUUUUAUUCAUGUUCUGUGUUGUAGACGUAAGAGCAAAAUAAAAUUAUAAUUGUACAAAAUGGACGUAAUUGAUAUUUUGGAAAUGAUAGACAGUGAGGAAUUAGGCGAGGAGAGACAAGUGAUUUCAAGGUCAUAUUUGAGAGACGUACAAGACCCAUUCCAAUUACUUAACGAGAAUGAGUUUACACAACGGUACAGGUUUUCGAAAGACAGCGUGCUUAUUUUACUCGAUAUUAUAAAAAAUGAUACUGGAAUGGUUGUCCGCAAGCAUUCCCUCCCACCAAUUCUUCAACUUCUCACCGCACUGCGUUUUUUCGCUUGUGGUCAUUUUCAGAUGACAGAUGGCGACCUGAUGGGAAUGAGUCGACAUACUGCUCGGAGAUCUAUCCAUAGAGUUGCGACUUGUUUUGCCAAGCAGAAACGUAAAUUUAUUGAUUUUUUGGGUCAAGAUCUUUCCAAAGUUAAGCAAAAUUUUUUCAAUGUGGCUGGCUUUCCAUCUGUCAUUGGGGCGAUUGACUGCACGCACGUGUCAAUUCAGUCGCCAGGGGGUGAAGAUGCAGAGGUGUUUCGUAACAGAAAAGGGUAUUUUUCCAUAAAUGUACAGGCGAUUUGCGAUGCCAACCGAGUGAUUACUAAUAUUGUGGCAAGAUGGCCUGGAUCCACUCAUGACUCUAGGAUUUUUGCCAACAGCAUCAUCCACGAUAAAUUAGAGAGAAAUGAAGUUGAUGGAUAUUUGUUGGGGGAUAAUGGCUACCCUUGUAAACCAUAUUUGUUUACCCCUCUCCUAAACCCUACAAGUGGCAAAGAAAAUCGCUACAACAAGGCGCACAUCCACACCAGAGCUAGGAUUGAGCAGUGUUUCGGUAUUCUGAAACAAAGAUUUAGAGUCUUGCAGAGUAAAAUGAGGACAAGGCUGGACAACACCCUAACCAUUAUAGUGGCAGUUGCUUGCUUGCAUAAUUUUGCCAUGAAAACAAAUCAGCCAUUAGAACACGAUCUUGCCAUAGCUACAAGCGAUGACACAGAACCAAGUCAACAAAUACAGUCUUCCCAAGCAGGUCAUCUUGCACGUGCAAACAUUAUUGACCAAUACUUUUGAUCUGUAGCUAGCUUAGCUUAUAAUAGGUAAC